AUGCGUGUACUUAGUGCAUCAGACAGCAGGCGUCUGCGCACAGCGGUGACGCACGUCGAAGGGGCUGCUGCAGAACCACCUUGCCUUCAAAAUCCUUGUCGAAAUGGAGGCAAAUGUGAGCCCUUUUCUGGCACUCCAGAUGGGUACCAGUGCAUUUGUCCUGAACCCUACGGUGGCCCCAACUGUACCAUUGAAAAUCCCACCUGCAUUGACAUGCCUUGCCUCAAUGGAGCGUCAUGUGAAGACCUCCCGAAUCGACAAUUCAAGUGCAUUUGUCCCCCGGGUUUCGCAGGCCUCAGGUGUGAGUUCAAGGACCCUUGCCUGGUGAAACCGUGCCUCAACGGAGCCAGAUGUUUCUCGAACAACCUCGGGAAGCGCGAAUGCCACUGUCCAGCCGGGUUCACCGGCGACGACUGCAGCGUAGAUGUGAACGAGUGCGCAAUUGGCGAGCGCUCGCCCUGCGAACACAGUGGAACCUGCAUUAACGAGCCCGGAGGCUACCGGUGUGAAUGCCUCAGCGGAUACACGGGACCGCGCUGCGAGACUCUCGUCCUCAACUGCAAGCCAAAUCCGUGCUUACACGGGGGCCUCUGUCACGACAAGGGCGAUGGCCAUGAAUGUCUCUGCCCCAGAGGUUACGAAGGAAAACGCUGUGAAACCAACUCAAAUGACUGUGCGGGGUCGCCCUGCAAAAACGGGGGUAUCUGUGAAGACCUCAUAGGAGACUUCCGGUGCAAUUGUCUACCAGGAUGGAAGGGACACUUUUGUGAGGAGAAGAUGCUGCCCUGCGAUUCAAAGCCAUGCUUAAAUAAUGGUGUCUGUGAGAACACGGCCACUGGACACCGAUGCCACUGUACUCAAGAGUGGACGGGUGGGGGGUCGGCUCAUAUUGAUGAGGGUGGUGGUGGUAGUGGUGGUGGUGGUGGCGGGGUAAGACAGGGCGGGGUGGGUGAAGGGACCAGGCGCGCACAGCUACAACAGCUGUAUUCGCGCGACUUGUUUGACAAACGGCGCCUCCAGGUGGAACACAUUGUUGUGCAUGCAUGGCUGGGUGCGUCCUCGCACGCGCGCACGCACACAUACGGUGUAUUCCACUUAGUAGUCUGCGUCAAGUACUGUUUUGGGCGGCCACCGAUAAUGGGCCUUCGUAAUUCUCUCACCCUUGCCAAAAGUUUCAAAGGAUCACGCUGUGAAGUUGACGUCGACGAUUGUGUGGGCAUCUCUUGUCUCAACGGUGGCUAUUGUGUUGACCAACCAAACGCUUGGUACUGUCAAUGUCCUCCAGGUUACUCAGGCAGAAACUGUGAGGUCCAGGAGACCCCAGCUUCAGCUUCCGGCCUUGCAACCUGCAGAAAAGGCAAGAGCUGUCUCCACAGUGGCACCUGUCACCGCUCAUCCGGUGAUAGACAAGCGGAGGCCUUUUGUGACUGCCCCCUAAAUUGGCACGGCGAGUUUUGCGAGAUUCCCGUGUGCCCAGAGGAUGCCUGUGCAAACGGAGGACGUUGCGAAGCCCUGCUUUUGCACUUCGGCAAUGAGUUUGAGCCGUCACAGAAACAGUCCUACUGCAGUUGCCCUCCGGGCUUCUUUGGAGACUACUGUUUAGACAGGGUUGACAGGUGUGCGGCGGACUUGUGCACGAACGGUGGUUCGUGUCUAGACGAGGCCGGCGGUGGCGCCCGGUGUCGCUGCCUGCCGGGUUUCGGAGGCAAUCGAUGCGAACGCACCCUCCGAACGUGCUCCGAAGAGCCUUGUCUAAACGGCGCGUCCUGUGUGGAGGCCACAGCACCCACCGAAACCUCAACAAAGUCCCUAUUCUCUUGCCGAUGUGCGCCUGGAUUCGAGGGUGCGUUUUAA